AUACAAAACCAACUCAUCAAGGGUUAUUGUUUAAAGACUUGGUCAUCUCUCUAAAUUCUAUAGCUUAAUUAUUCGUUCUCUUCUCAAAUCACUUAACUCUCUCAGUCUCUGUCCUUUCAUCUUGAAAAUGUUGAGCCUAGCUCAAAAUGUCGUUUCCAAAGUGGAGACUGUCGUUUCCAAUGGGAAACAACACAUCGAAGGCGAGGUCAUCAGCUUGUUCUCCAUGUCCGAUAAGAAGAUCACUGACCUCAUCUACGCUACUCAUGUCCACGCCGAUGACACCUUCGACGAAGACUCACUUUUCGUCAUCGUCGAGAAUAUUCUUACUCGUGCAACUCAAUCCAUUGAAAAGCUUGUUCAGGGAAGCCAAGUUCAUCUGGAGAACAUAGAAGACAGAACCCCUGCAAAAGCUAACUUCAAUGUACCGUUGUGCACCCUAAAAUCGAUCAAUAGCGAGCUAUGUUGCAAGGCUCCGGGAGAGGAAACAGCUCACAAAACAACACUGGCGAUUCUGAACAAGCUAUCAAACUAUUCCUGGGAAGCAAAGGCAGUGUUAGCACUGGCGGCUUUCGCCUUCGAGUUCGGAGAUUUCUGGCUUCUGGCUCAGCUAUACCAGUCGGAUCCAUUGGCCAAACAGUUAGCCAUUCUCAAAAGAGUGCCUACUCUCAUCAAGCCAUCUGAGCUUCCAAAACGUCGCCAAGCUAUUCUUGAGCUUAGCAAUCUCAUCAAAACCACAAUGCGAGUCAUAGCAAUCUUCGAUGAGUUUGAGAAGCUCUCUGUUUAUGACCAUAAAGACAUUCCUGGCUUGACCACUGCCUUGGAGCAUUUGCCUGUCGAUGUUUAUUGGUCUAUUCUAACUAUUACUGCUUGUGCUACUAAGGUUUCCAUUCUCAUCAGUGAUGAACCAGAUAGGCCUCAUGAUUUGUCCCCAUAUGCUCAAAAAAUCCACUACAUUCUCAACCAGCUUAAUAUGCAGCUCACUAUCUGUAGAAAACAGCUUGAGGAGGCUGAGACUUACAGAAAAACAAAAAAAAUCAUGCGAACCCCAACUGAAAUCAUGGAGAUUUUCAAGGCCUUGAUCUUUGGCAAGAACAACGUGCUGCCACUUAUUAAUGGUUCCACAAACAAAGCGGUGACUAUUGAAGUACUAAGGAGAAAGACAGUGUUGAUGUUCUUUUCAAGCCUUGACAUCACAGACGACGACAUCACAAUCCUCAAACCAACUUACGACAUAAUUACAAAGAAAGAAACGAACUACACAAUCGUUUGGAUUCCCAUUGUGGAGCAGUGGACAGAGGAGCUGAAGAAGAAGUAUGAGAUUCUGAGGUCAAAGAUGCCAUGGUACAGUUUGCAGCUAUUUAGUCCGAUUGCAGGGAUCAAGUUCAUCAAGGAAGAUUGGAACUUCCAGGGCAAGCCUAUGUUGGUGGUGACCAACCCACAAGGAAAGGUGGAGAACCUCAAUGCAUUUCAUCUUAUUCGCGUUUGGGGUCUCAAGGCCUUUCCUUUCAACAAGGAAGUUGAAAAAACCAUUGACAGAGAAUAUCAAUGGAUUGGUCCUGUUGUCAACAACAUCCACCCAACUAUCGAGACUUGGGUGAAAGAGGAGAAGUAUAUCUUCUUCUAUGGAGGAAAGGACAACGAUUUGAUCCAAUCGUUCACCAAGAAAGUCACUGCCCUUGUGAACGAUCCCUUCAUCAAAGAAGCAAAGAUCAACAUCGAACUAUUUUGCGUGGGAAAGACAGCCAAAGGAGGAGAAGACCAUGGCAUUCUAGGGAGGUUCUGGAGUGGAAUAGAGAGCUUGUUCUUCACCAAGGCAAACAAGGACGUUGACCCGGUGGCUCUAGAGAUCCAAAAACUUCUUUCUUACAAGAACGAGACUGCCUGGGCUGUUCUGAGCAAAGGGUCUUCGGUGGUGACCACUGGCCAUGGCUCGGCCCUCCUGAAGGUGGUCGAGGGCUUUGAACUGUGGAAGGAAGUCAUUAAGGUGAAGGGCUUCGAAGUGGCUUUCAAAGAGUAUUAUACCAAGGUCACUCAAACUGUCCGCCACUGUUGCCGUCUUGAUGUCCCUACCUCUGCCGGAAAAGUCCCAACUACCAUGAAAUGCCCAGAAUGCCCUCGGGUGAUGGAGACUUACGUCAGUUACAAGUGUUGCCAUGUCGAUGGACCCCAUCAUUAAGAUUAAGAUUAUAUAUCUAAUCGUGUGGCUGUCUCUCUUUCUACGAGUCGUUGUUAAUCUGAUGAGAACUGUGUUUUGAGUUGCAUCUGUUUUUGGCUAUAAUAAAGGGUACAAUAGAUUGCUUGCGCCAUACGUGUGGUGGUCUAUUACCCUCGAGAUCGAGAUAUUUUCUGUUUUGUGUUUGAGAAUAUGCACAAUAUACAUAUAUGUACCAAACUUCUUUAUCUUAUAUGAAAUAAAUUAUGAAAUGGUUGUUUUUGUUUUUUUAUGAAA